UUUGCAGCAGCCAACCAGUGGGGAAGAAGCCUCCACGAGAGGUUCCUAUUUAGAACGCUGGAAGGUGCGAAAGUCCUACAGGGGCGCGGAGGGCCGGACAGCCGAGCGCCAUGUGGCGGGGGGUUCGCUACCUGCGGGCGCUGCUGGGGGUGCAAGCAGGAGGUGCAGCUGCUGUCACCGCCGCCAUAGCGAGAGGCCCGCGCGUUGUGACUCCCGUGGCUCCCGCUCUCGUCUCCAGGGUGGCCUCAGUGGUGCAGCGGAGCGCCAGCGGCGUGGGUAGUUCUGAAGUGCGAGGUGCAGAGGAGGCAGAGGAAGCCGAGCACGGGCAGGAGGAAGAGCGAGUCGGGCAGGAACCACCCGCUGGCCCCGAUACCGACGGGAACCCUUCCGAUUAUGCAGCAUCAACAUUCAGCAUUGACCAUAUGGUUUCGCUGCUAAGACAAGAAAAUGCCAAAGAUAUCUGUGUUAUUCAGCUGCCUCCAGAAAUGAAAUACAGCAACUACUUUAUAAUUGUCGGUGGAUCUUCCACACGGCAUCUGCGUGCCAUGGCCCAGUAUUUGAUAAAAGUGUAUAAACAUCUGAAGACUGAUUCUGAACCUCAUGUUUUAAUUGAAGGAAAGGAGUCUGAAAAUUGGAUGUGUAUAGAUUUUGGCAAUAUUGUGGUCCAUUUUAUGUUGCCAGAGACACGUGAAAUUUAUGAGUUGGAAAAGUUAUGGACUCUUCGCUCUUAUGAUGAUCAGUUGGCACAGAUAAUUCCAGAAUCUUUACCUGAUGACUUCAUGUUUGGAUUGCCUUCUGAACAGCAAUGAAUAGCCUCAGAGCAACUUUGCAUCAACUAAGCUGUUUGAUUACAGUGGCCUGAUACAGAUUCUUGGGAGAAAUGAAGGGGAAGGCGGCUUGGUAACCUUCAGUAGCAUCUUGACAGCUGCCUUGUAUCAAAUGGACAUAUAGGAAAUGCAGCUUAUAAAAAGACUUGGCAAAAGGGAAAAGAACCAGUGAGUUACACUUAUAGAAACAAGAGCUUCUUGCAUAACUUUGUAGAGAUCGUAAGUUCAUAUAUUUUUCAAGAUCUUGUUUUUAACCCACUGUACAGACAGCGACAGAAGUUUGUUGCUUAAGACAGGUGUGUCCAACUCUGGCGCUUCAGAUGUUCAUGGACUACAAUUCCCAACAGCCCCCGCUGGUAUGGCCUAUUGGAAUUGUAGUCCAUUAACAUCUGAAGCACCAGAGUUGGACACUUUGCUGUAAGAUAUCAACAUUAUGGCGAGAAGUGGGAGAAAUAUACCCAUUUCGAAAUUGUUUUAAAAUUAACAUUCAUGUCCCCGCUGAUCAUCAUACAUUCUGACUUGUGUGCCUACCACGUAACCUAUUCCAGCAGAAAACUGCACGUGAUUUUUUUCCUUGGAAACGGCUAAAUGACAGCAGCACAGAAUUUAAAGGAUUAGGUUGCUUAUGUAUAUGUUGGUAGUGACGUGAUGGCACUUUACACCACAAUAUUAUCAUUUUUGCUAGAUCUUUGGAAAUAUCAAAAUUGGACUUCUUCAGAUAAGUAGAAUGUUGGGAAAAAUGUUAUUCCUACUGAAUUUGCCAUUCAGAAAUGUAAAUUCUGAUGUGUAAAUAAACCCAAUGCUAUUUUAAGUGGCAAAUAUCUACUAAAA